CUGAGCCGCUGUCAUGGCCGCCGUGUAGUUUUUCUGAACGGGAGCACAUGGGACCGGGCUGAGGGAGACUGAGAGACCAGAUCCGGGACAGCAUGGCCGCUGCAGUCGAGCUGUCGCUGCUGCGUGGCUUCCGGAGCGAGGCGGAGGCCAGCCGCUGGGAGCAGGAGGCGGGCGGAGGGAAAGAAGGCACCUUAUUGCUGCAGCAGCUGUUGGAGGGCAACUUCAAAGGGACUCUGUUGAAUCCAAGGAUUCAGGAAGUUUUUCCUGCUCAAGCUGCCAUUAGCGAAGUUAUUGACAACUACUUGGAAAAUCAGAUCUUGGCAUACCUUGAUGGUCCAUCAGAAGAUCAAGCAGAAAGGCAACUGGUUGUGUUUUUAUUGGGUGUGGGCAGCUUGCAGCUGUUUGUACAGAGUAACUGGACGGGGCCUCCUGUUCAGAUAGAACCAGAAGAUAUUUUGCCUGCGUUAAUCAUUGGGAACUUUGGAGAGCCUCAAAGUUUGCGAGCUGCUCUUUUGAACAGUCUGGUUUUGGACGGAGAAUCAAUUUAUAGCCUUGUCUCUAACCCCUUCCUUUUGGUGUUGGCCAAGACAAUCCUGGUGAACUGCAGGAGGAAGCUUCAUCUUUUCCAGAUGUUGCCCUGGUGGACAAUGCGGUGUGUAAACAUUCAGCAGCAGUUAUUGGCAGAGCGUUCACCUCAGCUCUUCAGCAUCAUCCAGGGCUGUAUCGAUGAAGUGCUUGCAAAUGACACCUUCUUCAGUUCUGGGGAGUGCCGAAAUUUAGCAAUCCAGUUCCACCUCGAGUGUGGCUAUGCUUUGCUAUAUUACUACGAAUAUAAGAAGGCCAAGGAAAAUUUCGACAGAGCCCAGAAAAUGGCAAAGUUGUCUACCACCGUGACAGGUGCCUUGGGGAAGCGUACGCAAUUCCAAGAAGACUAUUUAGCUCAGCUUAUCUUGGAUGUCCAGCGGGAAGAUGAUGCCCUCCAUCAAACAGAUCUCAUGCUAGCACCAACGCCCUUGGAAAAUCUUCCCAAGAACCUUGAACUAAGUGAUGACACUUUACUGAACUCGAUUAAACUAGCAGACCCCAAGGAGCAGAAUGUGCCAGACCUAUGUGCAGAGGAGCUUGCUGUUAUUCUUGCUAUCUGCACAAAUUUUCAGAAGAACAACCCUGUUCAUAAGCUGACUGAAGAGGAACUGCUGGCAUUCACCUCAUAUAUACUGUCUCAGCCAAAGUUCUGGGCCAUUCAAGUGACCACCCUAAUGCUGAGAACAAAACUGGAGAAAGGUAGUCCUCGUCGGAUUGAACGUGCAAUGAUGCAGACACAGGCUCUUACAGAUCACUUUGAAGACAAGACCACAGCUGUAGUGGAACGCCUGAAGAUCUUCUACUGUUGCCAAGUGCCUCCACACUAUGCUGUUAAGCGUCAGCUUGCAACUCUUCUGUUUGACCUGGGUUGUAAUAGCUCAGCUCAACAGAUCUUCGAGCAGUUGGAGAUGUGGGAAGAUGUUGUUAUUUGCUGUGAAAGAGUUGGGCAACAUGGAAAGGCAGAAGAGGUUCUUCGCAGAGAGCUAGAGAAGAAAGAGACACCUACUUUGUACUGCCUCUUGGGAGAUGUGCUGAAUGACCACCAGUACUACGACAAGGCCUGGGAACUGUCCAAUUAUCGUAGUGCCCGUGCUCAGCGCUCCAAAGGGUUGCUGCACCUCCGUAACCAUGAGCUCAGACAAUGUGUGGAAUGCUUUGAGCGAUCAGUGCAGAUCAACAGCUUACAGCUUGGAGUUUGGUUUUCUUUGGGCUGUGCAUAUCUGGGAUUGAAUAACUUCGAAGGUGCUGCAAAAGCAUUUCAAAGAUGUGUGAUGCUGGAACCUGAUAAUGCAGAAGCUUGGAACAACUUAUCAACAGCAUAUAUCCGAUUAAAGGAAAAAAACAAAGCAUUGCGAACUCUCCAAGAAGCCAUUAAAUGUAAUUAUGAGCACUGGCAGAUCUGGGAGAACUACUUACUUACCUGCAUUGAUGUUGGUGAAUUUGGCGAUGGCAUUAAGGCAUACCAUCGACUCAUGGAUUUGAAAGACAAGUACAGAGAUGUUCAGGUUCUGAAAAUCCUGGUACGGGCUGUGGAUGAAGGGAUUGCUGAUUGCAAAGGGGAUUCUGCAACAGUAUUGACAGGAAGACUACGGGAACUCUUUGGUAGGGUGACUUCUAAAGUAACCAACGAUGCUGAGAUUUGGAAGUUGUACGCCAGGCUCUAUGGAAAUGGGCAAACAGAGAAUGUAGACAACAACGAGAAGGCACUGCAGUAUCUAAUUAAAGCUCAUCGAUGUGAAACUCAAGCCAGUGGCUGGGAGAAAGAUGUUGCAUCUUUCAAAGAAGUAUCAAAAGGAGCGAUAGAACUUGCACAUGUGUCGAUCAAAUGCAGUAAAGGCAAAACCAAUCCCCAGGAAGCUCUGCAGAUGCUAUCCUCAGCUCGCCUCAGUCUGCGUAACCUAUCCAGUAAAGCACAGCAACUUUUCACUGAUGUUAUGACGGGCGAAAUUCAGAGUGAGUUAGCUGGUGAGAAAACAACGAUGGACAACUUGGUAAAGGAGCUUCAAGAACUUAGCAACCUCCUACGGAAUCAGUUAUGAGGAAAAGGAAGAAUGGAAUCUCGUUUUCUCACUGAAAUGCCAGUAAUGAGAGACCAAGAUUCUCCAAACCUGAAAUAAAUCAUUGCACUAGAUGUAAAUUAAUGUUCAAUAAAAUGUUCCUUUUUCUGUG